CUGCCCGCCCGGGGGCGGUGGGGAGGCGGAGGCAAGCGAGGAGCCCCGGCCGAAGGGAGGGAAGCGCCGGUAGGGCUGCCCGGAGGGACCCGCUGGCCGCUAACGGAGACGCCGGAGCAAGCGGCCGGGAUGGCGGCGGACGGCGGCCUGGAGCAGCGGGCGCUGCAGUACGAGCAGACUUUGAUGUAUGGACGCUACACCCAGGACCUGGGAGCGUUUGCCAAGGAUGAAGCGGCUCGUGUCCGGCUGCAGGAGGAGCGCUGGAAACUUUCCCCGAAGGAGCGGCUGCGUCCCUCCGAGUUUCUGGAGUACGACCAUGGUCGCUGUGCCUGUUGCCGUAUCUGCACCGUGCGUUGCCAGAAGUUCCUCAUCUCCAAAGUGGGCGAAGACUGGAUCUUCCUCAUCCUGUUGGGUCUGCUGAUGGCCCUGGUGAGCUGGGCCAUGGACUUCGCCAUAGCAACUUGCCUGCAAGGUAAGAAGAUUGCAGAUCCCAAGUGCAAAGUGCUUGCUGGCCUGGGUUGCCGGAACCAGCAGUGA